UUACGCUUGUGAAAGCAUUAUGUAACGGCUAGUUUCCUAAUUGUCUCUUCUUCUCUAAUUCGUUCUUCCCCCUUUUCUCUUCGUCUAGGGUUUCGAAAAUUUUCCAAUCCGAUUUGAACAAUUCCUGUUUCUAAUCGGAACCAAAGUCUCCGGUGAUUUUUGAAAAAAACCCGACCCGAUUGUAAUGGAGGCGAAAAUCAGCCGAUCUAUGGCACAUCCAUCUACACCGGCGAUUACUGCUCCGACGCCUGUUCCUCCACCGUCGACGAGGCGACCGAGAGUGAGGGAGGUGAGCUCGAGGUUCAUGUCUCCCUCUUCCUCGUCGUCUUCGUCAUCUUCCUCCUCUUCCGCCGCCGGAGAUCUGCAUCAUCACCAACACCAGAGGUCGACUUCGGCUCAGAGGAUGAGACGGCAGUUGAAAAUGCAAGACGGCGACGAGAAUCGUCCUACCGAGACGGCGCGUAGCUUAGACUCGCCGUUUCCAAUUCAACAACUCGACGGGGGUAAAAACCCUAAGCAGCAGAUUCGAUCUAAGCCGUUGAAAGAGAACGGCCACCGUCUCGACACUCCAACAGCGACGGCGAUGUUGUUGCCGCCUCCGUCUAGAUCAAGGAUUAAUCAACAGCGUUUGCUUACCGCCUCCGCCGCGACGAGGCUUCUCCGAUCAAGCCUAUCUUCGUCUACAGACGGUGAAGAAGACAGUAACAGAUCCAACGGCUCAGAUCUGUUUCCAACAAUCAGGAACCAGGCAAAGGUUUUGAACACUCCCAACGCCUCACCUCUUUCUCGAUCCCUGAGUUCCGACGAUGCUUCCAUGUUUCGAGAGGUAAGAGCUUCAUUGUCGCUUAAAAAUGGGGUUGGUUUGUCAUUGCCUCCGGUGGCUCCUAAUUCGAAGAUUCAAGCUGAUACAAAGAAGCAGAAGAAAUUUUUAGGACAACAAGCUGAUGUACAUUCUCUGAAACUGCUCCAUAACCGCUGCUUGCAAUGGAGAUUUGCCAACGCAAAUGCUGAGGUCAAAACACAGGCUCAGAAAGCACAAGCCGAGAGAAUGUUUUAUUCCCUUGGUUUGAAAAUGUCAGAGUUGUCCGAUUCUGUACAGAAGAAACGCAUAGAACUCCAACGUUUACGGAGACUUAAGGCUGUUACAGAGAUUGUAGAGUCUCAAACUCCCUAUUUGGAGCAAUGGGCUGUCCUUGAAGAAGAAUUCUCAACUUCACUAUCAGAGACAACUGAAGCGUUGGUGAAUGCUUCAUUGCGUUUACCUCUGGAUUCAAAAACUAAGGUUGAGACUAAAGAGUUAGCAGAAGCACUUGCUGUCGCUUCAAAGUCUAUGGAAGGCAUUGUGCAUAACAUUGGAAAUCUUUUGCCUAAGACACAAGAGAUGGAGACUUUGAUGUCGGAACUAGCAAGAGUAAGCAGCAGAGAAAAAGCAUCAGUAGAAGAUUGCAGAGUUGCACUGCUUAAAACACAUUCAUCACAGAUUGAAGAAUGCUAUCUCAGAAGUCAGCUUAUCCAGCACCAGAAGAAAUGCGUUCAGCAAGAGUGAACAACUUCGGUUUGAUGAUUUUUUCCCCCAGAAGGGUACUACUUAUACAGUAAAAAAGCGAGCCAUAGUUAGCAUAGUUACUACUAUCUCUUCGGUUUGGCUUCGAACUCAUCAUAAUCUGUCUUCUUUACAUACCUGAAAUAACAAUUGAAUGUGUAUAUAUACAUCAGUUGUCUUGUAAUAAUACGUGAUUGUCAAUGAUCCAUUAGUUUUGUCUC